AUGGCUGCUGUAUCGCUGUGUUUGAAUCCAUCUAAAUCAUUGUAUCCUUCGGAUGAAACACUGGAGCAGCUGCUGAGGAUUGCCACAUGCCCGUACGAGUUAAGUGCCUACAUGCGUUGCAAAGAAGCGCGAGCUGAUGCAAAUAGCCCGCCAGUUACUGCCCGACAAGAGCCUGAUAAACAGCAACGCGCCGAGCAUCUUGGCUUGAUGCCCAUGCCCCCGUCGAUCUGGCGUAGGAUGCCGCUGUCUCAAAGCCUGUGCUGCCAAUAUGGUGCUUACAAGUGGACAGGUGCCCUCUCGCAGUCUCACAGCGCAAGACGCCAAGUCAGCCAGUCGACACAACAAUCAAAUGGCUUGGGCCAGAGAGAGGGAAGGAACAGGUCGGCCGAUCAGGUGCGCCCAGAGGCGGGGAGCGCCCAAGGCACUUCCAAGGGCUCGCUGGCUGAUUCGAUUCAGGUUCCAGAUGUCGCCCGUCGCCCGCUGACGCCUGGAUCAGCGAGCCGAGCCAGCGGUAAACACAGCACUUGGCCCCAAGCCGGUCUCUUCAGUGGCAGCGACUUGCCGCUUUUAGGCGCUGAAACUUCAGUGGUGAGGGGCCAUCAUCAUCGUGCUGAAAUGUACGCCACGUACGCUGCGGCGCCAGAGACCCCCGAAGACCGCUAGCAUUCUUGGGCUUCAAUUGGCCUGUCGGGUGCUGUCCGUCCCAGUGUCACCGUGCAGAGAACUCGAUCAACGGGACCCCCCAGC